AUGUCAAUGAUUAUUACAAGAGGAGCAGCCAGCACACCCAGGGAACAAGGCACUGCAGCUACCACCCUAGGAACCUCAGAAUCCUCUUCAACGAAGCAGUGCAUUAGAAUCCAGUGUUCUUCUUUGCCAGGUUCAACAGAGGGAUCUCUGGGAACCUCCACAGUAGCAGGCAAAGGAAGCUCCCCCGGAACACCAGGCACUGUGGCCUCCAGCUCUGUCACACCAUCAGAAAUCCAAAAGUUUGACAAUAGUGCUCUUGACAGGUCGGGGAAGAAACAGUUGGUGCUUUGUGUCUGGCAGGUGGGCGCUCACCAUGAGACACCCCAUGGAGGCCAGCCAGACAAAGGGAACAGAACUACAAUCAUUUACCCUUUGGCCCAGAAGCCCUGCGUUCCUACUCUAGGAUGCACAGGGACCACUGAAAUCUCAGGCAAAUCAAGUGUAGCAACAGGAGGAACCACCACCCUGCCAGGCAGUGGAGCUACCAAGGGACAAGACAGCACAGGCAGAGCUUCCGUAACUGAGACCACCAGCUCUGAACACCCAACAGGAGCAGCCAGCUUGACAGUAAGUUCUGGACAAUCAUUAGGAGAGACACAAAUGACCACAGUGCUAUCUACCAUAGUUUCAGAUCCAACUAGAAUGUCCUUUAGCCCUCCAAUGACAACUGGACCUUUAUCACCGCAUGGAGAACAAACAAGUACAGAAACUGUUACUGGAACUGGAACAACUGGUGGGUCAAUGACAAAUACAGAGAGAUCUGCACAAUCAGCAACAACUGGACCAGCAUCUCAAGCACCAGAAACAACUAAGGUAUCUGUCACCGGCACAGAGUCAACUGCCCCAUUAACUGGAGGAACCAUGACAAAGGCAACAUCAGUUGGAGAAACAACAAUAACAACAUCAUCAUCUAAAGAGGCAGUGACAUCUGGACAAACAGCUGGACCCACAGCAACAAAUAGUCCAUCAGUCUCAGUGUCAGGAACUACAGAGACAAAGGAUAAAUUAGCUAUGACAUCAGGCCAAACACCUAGGGUUACUUUAACAUCUAUCAAGUCACCUGAAGUGAGUAAGGCAUCCACACAAUCAGUUGGGAGCACAGUGCUAUCUACUGUAGUUUCAAAUCCAACUAGAAUAUCCUCUCACCCUACAGCAACAACUGCAAUAUCAUCAGCAGAAAUGCAACAAACAAGUACAGAAACUGUAACUGGAACAGGAACAACUGGUGUGUCUACUGUAGUUACAGAAAGAUCUGAACAAUCUCUUGCACAGUCAGCAACAUCUGGACCAUCAACUCCAGCAGUAGAAACUACUAAGGUAUCAGAAACUGCCAAAGCGUCAACCGGCCCAUCAACUGGAGGAACUUCGACAAAGGCAACAUCAGCUGGAGAAACAGCAACAACUACAUCACCAACUAGAGAGGCAGUGACAUCUGGACAAACAGCUGGGCCCACAGCAGCAAAUAGUCCAUCAGUUUCAAUGUCAGGCAGUACGGUGGCAAAUGGUCCUGUGACUGUGACAUCUGUCAAGACUCCUACUUUAACAUCUGGCCAGUCACCUGAAGUGAAGGAGAUAUCCACACCAUCAGCUGAGAGCACAGUGCUAUCUACUGUAGUUUUAGAUGCAACUAGAAUAUCCUCUCACCCUACCAUAACAACUGGACAUUCAUCAGCACAAAGACAACAAACAAGUACAGAAACUGUUACUGAAACAGGAACAACUGGUGUGUCUACUGUAGUUACAGAAAGACCUGCACAAUCUCUUGCACAGUCAGCAACAACUGGACCAGCAUCUCAAUCACCAGAAACAACUAUGGUAUCAGCAACUGCCGCAGAGUCAACUGCACCAUCAACUGGAGGAACCUUGACAAAGGCAACAUCAGUUGAAGAAACUACAACAUCUACAUCACUACCUAGAGAGGCAGUGACAUCUGGACAAACAGCUGGACCCACAGCAACAAACAGUCCAUCAGUCUCAGUGUCAGGAAACACAGUGACAAAUAGUAAAUUGGCUGUGACAUCUGCUCUGACAACCAGUGUGACUGUAACUUCUAGGCAAUCACCUGAAGUGAGUAAGACAUCCACACAAUCAGCUGGGAGCACAGUGCUAUCUACUGUAGUUUCAAAUCCAACUAGAAUAUCCUCUCACACUAUGACAACAACUGGACCUUCAUUAGCAGAAAUACAACAAACAAGUACAGAAACUGUUACUGGAACAGGAAAAACUGGUGUGUCUACUACAGUUACAGAGAGAUCUACACAAUCUCUUGCACAGUCAGCAACAACUGUAACAUCAUCUCAAGCACCAGAAACAACUAAGCUAUCAGUCACUGGCACAGAGUCGAAUGUCCCAUCAACUGGAGGCACCAUGACAAAUGCAAUAUCAGUUGAAUAUCCAACAACUACAUUGCCACCUAGAGAGGCAGUGACAUCUGGACAAACAGGGUCUACAGCAGCAACUAGUCUAUCAAUUUCAGUGUCGGGAAGUACGGGGACAAAUGGUCCUGUGACUGUGACAUCUGGCCAGACUUCCAGGGUUACUUUAACAUCUGGCCAGUCACCUAAAGUGAGGGAGACAUCCACACAAUCCACUGGGAGCACAGUGCUAUCUACUGUAGUUUCAGAUGCAACUAGAAUAUCCUCGCACCCAACAACAACAACUGGACCUUUAUCAGCAGAAGGACAACAAACAAGUACAGAAACUAUUACUGAAACAGGAACAACUGGUGUGCCAACUACAAUUACAGAGAGACCUGAAAAAUCCAUUACACAAUCAGCAACAUCUGGACCCUCAUCUCAAGCACCAGAAACAACUAAGGUAUCUGUCACUGGCACAGAUUCAACUACUGGCCCAUCAACUAGAGGAACCUUGACAAAGGCAACAUCAAUUGAAGAAACAAGAACUACAUCACCACCUAGAGAGGCAGUGACAUCUGGAAAAACAGCUGGACCCACAGCAACAACAAGUCCCUCAGUUUCAGCAUCAGGAAGUACAGUGACAAAUGGUUCUGUGACUGUGACAUCUGCUCAGACAACCAGUGUGACUCUAACUUCUAGGCAAUCACCUGAAGUGAGGGAAACAUCCACACAAUCAGCUGGGAACACAGUGCUAUCUACUGUAGUUUCAGAUGCAACUAGAAUAUCCUCUCAUCUUACAACAACAACUGCAAUAUCAUCAGCAAAAGGACAACAAACAAGUACAGAAACUGUUACUGGAACAGGAACAACUGGUGUUUCAACUACAAUUACUGAGAGACCUGUACAAUCUCUUGCACAAUCACCAACAUCUGGAACAUCAUCUCAAGCACCAGAAACAACUAAGGUAUCAGGGACUGGCACAGAGUCCACUGCCCCAUUAACUGGAGGCCCGAUGUCAAAGGCAACAUCAGUUGAAGAAACAACAACUGCUUCACCACCUAUAGAGGCAGUGACAUCUGGACAAACAGCUGGACCCACAGCAGCAACUAGUCCGUCAGUUUCAGUGUCAGGAAGUACAGUGGCAAAUGGUCCUGUGACUGUGACAUCUGCUGAGACAACCAGUGUGACUCUAACUUCUAGGCAAUCACCUGAAGUGAGGGAGACAUCCACACAAUCAGCUGGGAGCACAGUGCUAUCUACUAUAGUUACAAAUCCAACUAGAAUAUCCUCUCAUCCUACAACAACAACUGCAAUAUCAUCAGCAAAAGGACAACAAACAAGUACAGAAACUGUUACUGGAACAGGAACAACUGGUGUUUCAACUACAAUUACCGAGAGACCUGUACAAUCUCUUGCACAAUCACCAACAUCUGGAACAUCAUCUCAAGCACCAGAAAUCACUAAGGUAUCAGUUACUGGCACAGAGUCAACUGGUCCAUCAACUGGACACACCAUGGAAGAGUCAACAUCAAUUGGAAAAACAAAAACUACACCACCACCUGGAGAGGCAGUGACAUCUGGAAAAACAGCUGGACCCACACCAGCAACUAGUCCAUCAGUUUCAGUGUCUCAAAGUAUGGUGACAAAUGGUAAAUUAGGUAUCACAUCUGGUCAGACAUCUAGGGUUACCUUAACAUCUGGCCAAUCACCUGAAGUAAGGGAGACAUCCACACAAUCAGCUGGGAGCACAGUGCUAUCUACUGUAGUAUCACAUUCAUCUAGAAUAUCCUCUCACCUUACGACAACAACUGGAACAUCAUCAACAAAAAGACAACAAACAAGUACAGAAACUGUUACUGGAACAGGAACAACUGGUGUGUCUACUGUAGUUACAGAGAGAACUGCACAAUCUCUUGCACAAUCACCAACAUCUGGACCAUCAUCUCAAGCACCCAAAACCAAUAAGGUAUCAAUUACUGGCACAGAGUCAACUGCCCCAACAAGUGGAAGCACCAUGACAAAGGCAACAUCAGUUGAAGAAACAACUACAUUACCACCUAGAGAGGCAGUGACAUCUGAACAAACAGCUGGACCCACAGCAGCAAAUAGUCCCUCAGUUUCAAUGUCAGGCAAUACAGUGGCAAAUGGUCCUGUGUCUGUGACAUCUGCUCAGACAACCAGUGUGACUGUAACUUCCAGGCAAUCACAUGAAUUGAGUAAGACAUCCACACAAUCAGCUGGGAGCACAGUGCUAUCUACUGUAGUUUCAAAUCCAACUAGAAUAUCCUCUCACCCUACAACAACAACUGCAAUAUCGUCAGCAGAAAUACAACAAACAAGUACAGAAACUGUUACUGGACCAGGAAAAACUGGUGUGUCAACUACAAUUACAGAGAAAUCGGCACAAUCUCUUACACAAUCACCAACAUCUGGACCAUCAUCUCAAGCACCCAAAACCACUAAGGUAUCAAUUACUGGCACAGAGUCGACUGCCCCAACAAGUGGAAGCACCAUGACAAAGACAACUUCAGUUGAAGAAACAACUACAUUACCACCUAGAGAUGCAGUGACAUCUGGACAAACAGCUGGACCCACAGCACCAAAUAGUCCCUCAGUUUCAAUGUCAGGCAGUACAGUGGCAAAUGGUCCUGUGUCUGUGACAUCUGCUCAGACAACCAGUGUGACUGUAACUUCUAGGCAAUCACAUGAAUUGAGUAAGACAUCCACACAAUCAGCUGGGAGCACAGUGCUAUCUACUGUAGUUUCAAAUCCAACUAGAAUAUCCUCUCACCCUACAACAACAACUGCAAUAUCGUCAGCAGAAAUACAACAAACAAGUACAGAAACUGUUACUGGACCAGGAAAAACUGGUGUGUCAACUACAAUUACAGAGAGAUCGGCACAAUCUCUUACACAAUCACCAACAUCUGGACCAUCAUCUCAAGCACCCAAAACCAAUAAGGUAUCAAUUACUGGCACAGAGUCGACUGCCCCAACAAGUGGAAGCACCAUGACAAAGACAACUUCAGUUGAAGAAACAACUGCAUUACCACCUAGAGAUGCAGUGACAUCUGGACAAACAGCUGGACCCACAGCACCAAAUAGUCCCUCAGUUUCAAUGUCAGGCAGUACAGUGGCAAAUGGUCCUGUGUCUGUGACAUCUGCUCAGACAACCAGUGUGACUGUAACUUCUAGGCAAUCACAUGAAUUGAGUAAGACAUCCACACAAUCAGCUGGGAGCACAGUGCUAUCUACUGUAGUUUCAAAUCCAACUAGAAUAUCCUCUCACCCUACAACAACAACUGCAAUAUCGUCAGCAGAAAUACAACAAAAAAGUACAGAAACUGUUACUGGACCAGGAAAAACUGGUGUGUCAACUACAAUUACAGAGAGAUCGGCACAAUCUCUUACACAAUCACCAACAUCUGGACCAUCAUCUCAAGCACCCAAAACCACUAAGGUAUCAAUUACUGGCACAGAAUCGACUGCCCCAACAAGUGGAAGCACCAUGACAAAGACAACUUCAGUUGAAGAAACAACUGCAUUACCACCUAGAGAUGCAGUGACAUCUGGACAAACAGCUGGACCCACAGCAGCAAAUAGUCCCUCAGUUUCAAUGUCAGGCAGUACAGUGGCAAAUGGUCCUGUGACUGUGACAUCUGCUCAGACAACCAGUGUGACUGUAACUUCUAGGCAAUCACAUGAAUUGAGUAAGACAUCCACACAAUCAGCUGGGAGCACAGUGCUAUCUACUGUAGUUUCAAAUCCAACUAGAAUAUCCUCUCACCCUACAACAACAACUGCAAUAUCGUCAGCAGAAAUACAACAAACAAGUACAGAAACUGUUACUGGACCAGGAAAAACUGGUGUGUCAACUACAAUUACAGAGAGAUCGGCACAAUCUCUUACACAAUCACCAACAUCUGGACCAUCAUCUCAAGCACCCAAACCACUAAGGUAUCAAUUACUGGCACAGAGUCCACUGCCCCAACAAGUGGAAGCACCAUGA